AUGCAGCAAAUUCACCAUCGCAACAUCAGCAGCCAAAAACGACCCCAAAUACAACAGCCACACAGCAGAGAUCCUCACAGCAGCAAGCACAACAUCGCAGCAGCACACACAGCAUCGCCAGUGCCACAGGCAUCGCGCAGCAUCACAGUGGCACAGCAUCGCACAGCAUCGCACAGCAGCAGCAACAGCAUCACCCAGUCGCAGCAUCACCAGUGCCACAGCAUCGCAGCAGCACACACAGCAUCACCAGUGCCACAGCAUCGCACAGCAUCACCAGCUGCACAGCACCACCACAGCCAUCACCAGUGGCCACAGCAUCGAGGCACACACCACGCAGCAUCACCAGUUGCACAGCAUUCCACAGCAUCACCACACAGUGCAUCACCAGCACAGCAUCAACCAGCACAGCAUCGCCAGCAGCAUCAUCACCAGCACAGCAUCACGCAUCACCAGCACAGCAUCACCAGUGCCACACAGCAUCGCAGCAGCACACCAGGUGGCACAGCAAUCACCAGUUGGCAACAGCAUCACCAGUGCCACAGCAUCGCACAGCAUCCAGCCGCAGUGCACAGCAUCAGCCAGUGGCACAGCAUCGCACAGCAUCACUGCAGGGCCACAGCAAUGCACCACCCACAGCAUGUUCAACAGUGGCCAGCAGCAUCAGCACAGCAUCACCAGUGCACAGCCAUCACCACAGCAUGGCACAGCAUCACCAGUGCACAGCAUCGCCAGCAGCACCACCAGCAUCGCACAGCAUCACCAGUGCAACAGCAUCACCAGUGGCACAGCAUCGCACCAGCAUCACCAGCACAGCAUCACCAGUGCACAGCAUCGCACAGCACACGCACAGCAUCACCAGUGCCACAGCAUCACCAGUGCCACAGCAUCGCACAGCAUCACCAGUGCCACAGCAUCGCAGCAGCACACACAGCAUCCACCCAGUGCCACAGCAUCGCCACAGCACACCAGUGCACAGCAUUCGCCAGUGCCCCACAGCAUCGCAGUGCAAGCAUCACAGUGCCACAGCAUCGCAGCAGCAACACGCAGCAUCGCCAGUGCCAAACAUCACCAGCACACAGCAUCCCAGCAGCAUCACCAGUGCACAAGUCGCAGCAGCACACACAGCAUCGCAAGCAGCACAGCAUCACCAGUGCCACAGCAUCGCAGCAGCACAAACAGCAUCACCAGUGCCACAGCAUCGCAGCAGCACACGCAGCAUCACCAGUGCCACAGCAUCGCAGCAGCAACCAGCAUCACCAGUGCCACAGCAUGCCACAGCAUCGCAGCAGCACACGCAGCAUCACCAGUGCCACAGCAUCGCAGCAGCACACGCAGCAUCACCAGUGCCACAGCAUCACCAGUGCCACAGCAUCGCAGCAGCAGCAGCCACGCAUCAAGCAUUCACAGUGCCACAGCAUCACCAGUGCCACAGCAUCGCAGCAGCACACACAGCAUCACCAGUGCCACAGCAUCACCAGUGCCACAGCAUCACCAGUGCCACAGCAUCACCAGUGCCACAGCAUCGCGGACGUUGCAGGAGCAGGAGGCAAGAACGUCAACUGUCAGUCAAACCGCGUGUCCCUAGCAGAGCAUUCAGCACGUGCUGACGGCGAGGAAAUUGAAACGGGAGAGAUAAAAAUGAUACAGUGGGAUCAACCUAUUACAGAUAACGGUAUCACAAUCACCUCAGCACAGGUAGUGGAAUUACCAUCACCUCGACACUGGGGGAUCACCAUCACUAGAACAAAUAGCGAUGUCUCCAUCACUCUAGUACAGUCCUACCUGCUGCGUCUGCUGUCAGGUACGGGUGCCAGCAAUUACAGCAGGAACAGAACUCGUUCCCAGCAGACGGAGGGGGCGGACCCGACCGCUAACUUGCCUCUGAAGUUGCUAUAA